AUGAGUUAUAUAUAUAUAUUAAGUUUUGGAUUUUAUCUUAUAUUUAUCCUUUUUAUUCCUAACAGAAGAGUAGAUCAAUUAAGUUGGUUUCAUUUACCUGUAGUCAGGUGACCAUGUUGAUAGACAUUAAGGUGUACUACCUGAAUUUAAUCAGUUCCAUAAAAGACAGUGUGUGUUUGAAGUUGAUUUGGUGCUGUGUGGGUGACAGUAUGGACACGAAACAGUGAAUCGGAUUUUGUGUGCAGGGUCAAGAUGAACUCUGUUGAAUCUAUUUUAAGAGCUAACCGAAAACUAAAUUACCAGGAUAAGUUAGCUGCAAAGGAACUAGGGCCCCCUAGACCAGAUCUCUUGAUUGAGAAUGUGACAAAAUCAGUUAAGCGUGACUACAAGCGAACAUUUAACAAAGAAUUGUAUGAUAAGCAUAAGUGGCUGUGUGGGUGCAACUUAAGACAGGCACUGUAUUGUUUCCCAUGUCUGAUUUUCAGCCCAGAAGUCAAUUCGUGGACCAAUAAAGGUGUUAGAGAUCUUGUACAUUUGUCUGAAAAAAUAAAAAAGCGUGAAAAAUCCCAUGUACACAAAAAUGCAAACAUUGAACUCUCAGUUCUUGGUAAAGUGAACAUCAGUACUCAGCUUGACAGUGUAUACAGAGAGUCUGUCAGGAAACAUAAUGAGCAAGUGGACAGGAAUAGACAUAUCCUCUCCAGGUUAAUAGACUGCAUAAAAUUUUGUGGGGCAUUUGAGUUAGCUUUACGUGGUCAUGAUGAAAGGGAAGAUCCAGAAAACCCAGGAGUCUUCCGUGGGCUUGUAAAUUUAGUAAGUGCUAUUGAUGGCUCAAUGAAGGAGCACUUAGAAACAGCAACUGUAUUUAAAGGUACAUCCAGAACAGUUCAAAAUGAGCUUCUGGAUUGUAUGCUAAGUGUAUGCAGAGAAAUUAUAACUCAAGAAAUUUUAAAUGCGCAUUAUUUGGCUAUAAUGGCAGACGAAACAACAGAUGUGUCCACCAUGCAACAGUUGGUGAUUGUGUAUAGAUACGAACUUAAUGGCUCUGUUGUGGAGAGGUUUUGGGGCUUCUUUAACCCUGACACACAGGAUGCUGAGACGCUAUUUAAGGUGAUAAAGUCUGAAUUGCAAAAGCAUGCAGAUGGAAAGAAGGAAAAAGUGAUCGCACAAUGCUAUGAUGGUGCUGCUGUUAUGAGUGGAGGCAUCAAUGGUGUUCAGGCAAGGAUUAAGCAGAUGUAUCCAAGGGCUUAUUACAUUCACUGCUACGCUCAUCAACUUAAUCCGGUUUUGCAAAAAGCUGCAUCUGUAAACAAAUCUGCUAGAAUAUUUUUUUCUAAUCUCUCAGGCUUUCCAGCUUUUUUCUCCCGGUCGUCACACGGAACAUGUGUGCUAGACAGAGUUGUGCAAACUAGUCUACCACGGAUAGCAGCUACAAGAUUGGUGUUUAACAUUCAGACAGUCAACACAAUUAGAGAGAACAAGGAAAGUAUGAUAGAGUGUUUAGGAGAAAUUACCCUCUCUGAUCGUGUAGAUGACAAAACCAGACGAGAAAGUUAUGGCCUCCUCUCCAAUUUGAAAAAUCCUGAGUUCUUGUUUUGGCUAGAAUUUUUUCAUAGGAUCAUGCCACAUGCAGAUAUACUCUUCAGGAAACUACAACAACAGAAUGUUGAAGCGAUAACUGCUAGACAAUACUUAUUGGAGUUUGAAGAUGUAAUUACAAGAAUAAGAAAUACUGCCAUUGAAGAAAUUUCAUUUGCCACUGAAGAAAUUUCGUCAUCGUGUGAAGAACAAAUUCAGAAGAAAAGAAAAUCAGAAACCAAAGUAGAAAAUGCGAAGGAAGUUUGUGAUGCCAUAAUAAGUCAUAUGAAUGAAAGAUUUUCAUUCACUGAUCACCUUGUGGCAUCAAAAUUGUUAGAUGUGAGCUCAUUUUCUCUGUUUUCGACAAAUUUUCCUGAGAGAGAACUUGAUAUUACUGUUGAAAUGUACCCAUGGUUAUCGAAGGUGCAGCUGAGAACAGAGCUAGAAGUACUCUAUAGUAGAAAAGACUUCCAACGCGCAGGUGGUGCUGUUGCAAUUCUACAGCUUCUAUUAGACAACAAAUUGGAUCUAGACACUUUUCCGCAGUUAUGUGAACUAAUGAGGAUAAUUAUAACUACUCCUCUUACAACAGUUGAACCUGAACGUUGUUUCUCAACAAUGAAAAGGAUAAAAACCUUUCUUCGAAACACAGUGACAGAGAACAGGCUUUCGGCAUUGGCAAUGCUCACAAUUGAGAAAAAGUUUGUUAAUCAUACUAAAGACUUCAAUCAUAGAGUGAUUGAGACAUUUGCUCGAUUAGAAAACAGACGCAUGGAUUUUCUUUAUAAAUAGGCAAUGUCAGUCAUGCUGCAGUGUAGUUUUCUCUGUUUAAUAUAUACCUACAGUACAGUGUAAUGUGUAUUAAUAUUAACUUUUGUGUGGACUAUACGGAAGAAUAGGACAUUUCGUAAGAAGAGGUUAUGCCUGUUCCCUGAUUCAGAAACUGAGAUUUGGUGUGUGGAAAAGCUGUUACAAGAAGCGCUGAUUCUCCUGCAAGUGAUAUCCCCCCCGUCUGCCAAGAAUGUGAGGAGAAAGCAUUUUCACAUUGCCUUGCUUUGUCGUGGCAUGCUCAUAUGCAGACACAGAAU